AUGGCUGCAAGUACUACACCUUCACGAUCUCGCAAGCAUGAAGAAGUACGGGUCGCCUCGAAGGGUAGAACAACAAGCGCCGAUACGAGGGGCCAGAGCUCUGUUCACCAGCCUCCGGCAAGCUCGUCUGAACAAGAGGUUAGGGCUGACGAGUAUGCGGAGUUUGUGCGUUUGAGGCUGCUGGGUCCGGCAAAUUCAGAUGUACCGUCUGCAUACAACCAAUCGAAGCGAGUUCGCGAACAAGAUGAUCUCGCUCCUGAAGCAAAUCUGGAUGACGCAAUUGGUGAGGCAUUUGCCCGUAAAAUAUACGAGAAGAUGUCGCUCUUACCAGCACUCGAUAAUGUGCUCUACAAUGUUCAACGACAAGGAAAGAUAUCGUUUUACAUGACGACACACGGAGAAGAAGCGGCUGUCAUUGGUUCUGCUGCGGGGUUGGAUGACACAGACGAAGUCAUGGGCCAAUACCGUGAAAUGGGCGUUCUCCUCUGGCGCGGAUUCUCGCUCAACGCAAUCAUGGGCCAAUGCCUGGGCAACGAAGAGGACAGCGGGACCAAAGGACGACAAAUGCCCGUACACUUUGGCUCACCAGCCCACCAUUUCCACACCAUUUCCUCUCCACUCGCCACACAAAUCCCACAAGCCGCAGGCGUCGGAUACGCGCUCAAACGAGACCCCGCCCGUCGCGGUAAAAACUGCACCAUGGUCUAUUUCGGCGAAGGUGCCGCCUCCGAGGGUGAUUUCCAUGCGGGAAUGUUACUCGCGAGUGUGCUAGGUAGUCCGACAGUCUUCUUUUGUCGGAAUAAUGGAUUUGCCAUCUCGACGCCCGCGGCGGAACAAUAUGCUGGUGAUGGAAUCGCGAGUCGUGGACCAGGAUAUGGCGUCAAGACUGUGAGGGUGGACGGCAACGAUGCACUCGCGGUGCUCGCUGCUGUUCGAGAGGCUCGACGAUAUGCGAUAGCAGAGGUGGGCCACCAUUCGACGUCGGACGACUCGUUUGCGUACCGUCCCCGCUCCGAAGUCGAAAACUGGAAAAAGACGGAUAACCCGCUGUGGAGGAUGCGCAGAUUUCUUGAAGGGAGAGGGUGGUGGGACGAAGCGGCCGAACAGGAAAUGAAGGACCGAUACAAGAACGAGGUCCUCGCAGCUUUCCGCAGAGGGGAGACACUCAAGCGACAUCCACUUGGCGAACUGUUUACAGACGUUUAUGGGGGUGAGAUGCCCUGGCACUUGAAGGAGCAACGAGAUGAACUUUCGGCGCUGCUCAAAAAGUAUAGCAACGUCUGGGAACCAUGGAAAAAGGAGCUCGCAAAGUUUCAAGGCAACGGCAAAGAAAUGCUCUAG